UAUAUACGCAGGCAAGCCCUUGGUCCCUGUACUAAGACUGAUCUUGCCUUAGCAAAGCAAUUCCACCUCCAAACCAUAACAUCCACAUAUAUUUCCUACGCAUAUAUCAACCUUUAGAAACAUCGGAAAGAGUGUUACAGAAGGAAGAAGGAAGAUAUGGGAAGACCGCCGUGCUGCGACAAGAUAGGGGUGAAGAAAGGGCCGUGGACACCCGAGGAAGACAUUAUCCUGGUCUCUUACAUCCAAGAACACGGCCCCGGCAAUUGGCGAUCCGUUCCAACUAACACCGGUUUGUUGAGGUGCAGUAAGAGCUGCAGGCUGAGGUGGACUAACUAUCUCCGGCCGGGUAUCAAGCGUGGCAACUUCACUGAGGAUGAGGAGAAGACGAUCAUUCAUCUCCAAGCUCUUCUUGGUAACAGAUGGGCGGCCAUAGCGUCUUACCUUCCCCAGAGGACAGAUAACGACAUCAAGAACUAUUGGAACACCCACCUGAAGAAGAAGCUCAGGAGGUUCCAGUCGGGUGUCGACAGCAGCGAAGAGGGUUUUCGAUCAUCGCAGCCGUCCAUGUCUAAGGGCCAAUGGGAGAGAAGGCUCCAAACAGAUAUCCACAUGGCCAAACAGGCCCUAUGUGAGGCCCUGUCCUUGGACAAAUCGAGCCCUUUCCUAACCCAACAUGCCACAAAACCAGUGACAUCCUCAAGUGAUGUCUUUGAUGUUAACAGUUGCAACGAUGUUGCCGCUAGUAAGCUGUCCCAGUCGUCCUCUGCUUAUGCGUCUAGUGCCGACAACAUAGCAAGGUUGCUCGAAGGUUGGAUGAAGAAUUCCCCCCAGAAAAAAUCGCCCUGUUCGUCAUCUUCCCGCUCAGCCCAAACCAAAUCAGAGACCACCACCACCACGACUACCCACGAGAACAACUCAUUCGCCAACACUAAUAAUUACAUGCUCGCCUCCGGUUCGAGCUCGAGUGAUGGCGGGUUUGACUCCCUGUUCAGCUUUAACUCUUCCAACUCCGACGUGGUCUCCACCCAAUCGGACUCGCCGGAAGGGUACUGCCCAUUCCAAGACGAGAGCAAGCCGAAUUUGGAGGCCAUUGCCCCGUCUCAAGUCCCCUUCUCUUUGCUUGAGAAAUGGCUAUUAGAUGAUAACUGUGGAUUCACUCAAGGCCAUGCUUAUGAUCUCAUUAAUAACAUGGCAAUAGAUGAUGAUGGUGAUCAUGAGGAGCGUUCCUUGUUUUAAUUAGGGUUUGUUUAAAUUAGUGCUGUCUAAUUAGGUCAUAUAGAGAGAGCGAGAGAGCGCUUUUGAUUAGUUUUUGAAAUUUCGUUCUUUUUUUUUUUUCUCAAUGUCUUUUUAGGGUUUGUAGGGAUUGAGCUUUUGUUAGAAGAAGAUAUGAAGAAGAAGUUGCUGCCUGGCCCAAAGGCGAAAGACGUAACACCAUCUCACCGACUACUUCUCUCUGAAGAACACAAAGAAGAUAAAGUGUAAAUUACAAGUACACAUAUCCUUGAUGUAUGCUAUAUAUUUCCGGUAAUUAUAAUCUAAUAUAUAUAUAUAUACGUAUGUAUGUAUGUAUAUCAAUAAGUACCCUCUUUUCGUCUGGAAAUGUAGAUCUUGUGUUCUUGAUCAAUGAAUAUAUAUAUAUAUAUAUAUAGUACUAUAUUCUCAAGAUCACGGUGAAAAUAUUCAUUCCCGAAAAUGAUCUUGAGGUGUUCAUGGAUUAUAUUUACGUAUCUCUCAUUAAUGAUCAAUUUAAAGGAUGUAA